CUGCGACCAAAAUUAUUAUGGCAUUACAUGUUUAUUUACUAAUUGGCAUAACAAUGGCAAAAGUUACACCAUACGCCAAAAGCUCACAACAAUAUGAUUGUUCCAAAUCAGAGUAUCAAAGAUGUGUAAAUUUAGCUGAUCCAUUAAUACGUGAACCAAAUUUAAUAUUCCCUGAUAAUCUUGACGAUAUUGAUGCUGUUUGUAGAACUUGGAACGAGUUUGUGGAUUGUUUAAAACGAUACAUAGACAAUUGUUUUACGGAUCAACAAAGAAAAUUAUUUAAUAAAGCUGUCGAGAAUCCAAUUGAAUCCGUUCACCAAAUGUGCACUCAAACUUCAUAUCAAACAGAAUAUUUAAAAUAUGCAUCAUGUAUUAAAUCAACUGUAACUGAAAUGUCCCACUGUGGUGUUCAAUAUUCGUUACUCGUUGAACAAGUAUCUAAAGGUGAUGCAAUUGCUCGAGCAAGUUUAUGUUGUUCGCAUCAUCGAUUUAAGCAAUGUGUUAUACGCGAGACACAGCGAUUAUGCGAUUCAGGAGUACCAAAUGGAAAUGCAGCAAAAUUCUCCUCACAAAUUAUUGACAAAGCUUUAAGUUUCCUACAGGAACAAUGCUUUAAUUACAUUCCAAAUUCAGGUGAUUGUCCAAUUACACCAUCAACAAUUGAUCAAAUGUAUACUGGAAGCUCUUUCAACAAUGAUAUAAAAUCAACCUGGCGAUCAAGUCCGUCAGGCACAACAUAUUCAUUAGGCCCAUCACCAACAGAUCCUGUUAUUAUAUCUGGGGGUAGUGUUGUCAGUAAUAUUGGAUCAAAUACGAUACCAGAUGGUGGCUACCAUCAGAGUGUAGCAUCAUCGUCUGGAAAUGCACAAUCUGGACUAAAUACAGGAUAUAAUAACAAUGAAGAUCAACCUCUAAUUCAAAAUAGCUUUGUCACAAGUCAAUCAACUGAAGUUUCAUGGAUGCCAGGACAAAAUUCAGUGAUGAAUAAUGAUAAUACAAUGACAACCAACGUGGAUCAAAGUCGGCAGUCAACGUUAGGAAUUAUAUCUUCAGCAAGAACAAGACCAUCAAGUUAUGGUAGAAGUUCAAGUUGGCAACCAACAGAUUCCAUUGAUACUACAGAAAAACCUAGUUGGGCAACAGUUUCUACGUGGAAUGUUUAUCGAGAAGACAAUGGAGAAAAACAUGUGACCGCCGAAACAUGGUACCCAGCAGCUGGAAGUUAUCCAGGAAAUUCAGUUGAUGAACCAAAUCAACAAGGUUUAUCGAAUCCAAAUAACAACAAUUCUGCCACAUCAAUUAGUUGUUCAAUAUUACUACUAAUUGGUGUAUUUAGUAUAUUACAAAGACUUUAA